AGGAGGAGGAAAAAAGCGGAGGGGAGGAGAAAGGAAGAGGCAGCAGUGGCAGCAGCAGAGCCCACCGAGGAGUACGCGAACCCACCGGAGGAGCAGAGGAGUGCACUGCUGCUUCAGUGGACGAAGAAGGCCCUGCGGACGACCAACAUGGACCUGCAUCACCCUGGUGUUUCUCAAAAGUCAUAGUUUUCUGAUCUGCAGCUGAGUCUUCAGAGCUCCAAGCGGCGAGCGGUGCCUGUCAGUGACUUCAUACCCAACAGGUCCUCUGUCUCGUGCCACAAUGAUGUCAGUGGAUGUGACCAAUCGCAACGGCCCUGCUGCCACGCCUCCCACCUCUCUCAGCCUCCGCUCUUCACACAAUCAGCUGCUCAGCGGCGACGUCAUCAAGCAAGGCUCGGCCACGCCACCCAAGUGUCGCAAAAAGUACGCGCUCACGAGCAUCCAGGCCGCCAUGGGCCUCGGAGAAAACGCGCCACCUUCAGCAUCGCCGUCUUCGUCCCCGUCGCAGCCUGCAGCCCCCAACAACCCCAAGCUGGCCAAGAACGGGGCCAACCAGCUGCGUAAAGCCGGUCAGGACCACAAUAAAAACACAACCGACCCCGACCCGACAGACCCCGAGUGCAAUCCGGAACCGAUAGCCGACGAUUCCAAUGUUAACACGGUUGAAGAGCAAGACAGUCACUCUCUGACGAACAACGACCGAGAGGAGGAUGCGUUUGAGCUGGACGCUGAGCAGCGGCCGGAAUCUGCCAGCGACGCCGAGUCGGAGCAGAAAACGGGAUCUGAUGCAGAUUGUAACAUUAACUGGACGGGCCAGACCAAGCUGAACGGCAAUACGGCAGAUUUAGACUUUGACUUGAGCGUUGAGGCGGAGGAGCCCGAUGACAUAAGCAUUCUGUCCGAAAAGGAAAUCCCAUCGAAGAUGAAGAUGGAGGAAGAUGAGGUGGUGGAAGAGUUGGAGGAGGAGGAGGAGGAGGAGAAGAAGCCUUUGCUGUUGCUGAACCCCGAUUCUCCCGUGAAGGAGGGUAAAGUCUCUUCAGGUUCUGAGAUCAUCUCCGAACUCCAGUCCAACCUCGCGCUCCUCCAAUCAGAAAAGAACUCCGGGGUUCGUCCCCCGCUCUCCCCGCCAAGGCAAGGCAGUCCAGAAGACACCCGCCUGCUCUCUGCUGCCUCCUGCCCCUCCUCUACCUCCUCCUCUCCAGAGACAAAGAAGGACCGGAGGACUGGAGCAAAGACGGACUGCGCGUUGAACCGCAUCCAGAAUCUGAACCCCAGUGAUGAAGAGCUGAGCUGGACUACCCUGUCCCAGGACAGCAACUCCCCCGAGGAGACAGAUAUCUGGAGUGAGCAGUCGUUCCAGACCGAUCCCGACUUGCCCCCAGGAUGGAAGAAGAUCACAGACAUGGCCGGUAUCUACUACUGGCACAUUCCUACAGGCACCACCCAGUGGGAGCGGCCCUCCGCCCGUCCACCUCCACCCGGGCAGAACGAGGCCCCGGCCCUGGCUGACCCCACGGCCCCCGUGCCGCGUAAACACUCCCAGGGCUCCCCGAGCCCCCUGGCCACUCCCGACCACGAGUCAUGCCAGACGGAGAUCUUCUUCAGGGCGUCGACUCGUUCGGGAAGCACAACCUCCGACAGCUCAGUGGAGCCGCUGUCCAGUCAUGAGUCCACUCUCCCUACAUGUGGAUUUGUCAACAGCUGCUACUUUCCUCGUUCCACGUCCUUACAGGAGACGCCCGAUCAAGAAAAUCAUUCUCAAUGUCAUGAAGAUGAAGACAAGAAGCAGGUGUGGAGUGAAUUUGGAGGCAAAAUUGAUAGUGAAGUGUGGAAGGACCUGCAGGCGGCCACCGUGAACCCUGACCCCAGUCUGAAGGAGUUUGAGGGCGCCACGCUUCGCUACGCUUCUCUCAAGCUCAGGAAUCGUCCAACCACAGAGGAAAAUGAGUCCAGCAGUGUAAACAGUGACCCAGAAGCUAAGUGUUUUGCGGUGCGCUCUUUGGGUUGGGUGGAGAUGGCCGAGGAGGACCUGGCCCCCGGGAAGAGCAGCGUAGCCGUCAACAACUGCAUCCGACAGCUGUCCUACUGCAAGAACGACAUACGGGACACCGUCGGCAUCUGGGGCGAGGGGAAGGAUAUGUACUUGGUGCUGGAGAACAACAUGUUGAACCUGGUCGACCCAAUGGACCGCAGCGUGCUUCAUUCCCAGCCCAUUGCCAGUAUCCGGGUCUGGGGUGUUGGUCGGGACAAUGGCAGUCAGGAGUGUCAAAGCAGUGAGAGCAGCUCAGCUGCAGCAAAAGGAGGAGGGGGCGGCAUGAUAAUGACGGAGCGAAAGAAUGCCAAAGCCAUGGCAGGAGGUUCACUCCAGGACAGGAUGCAGGCAGGGCUGGACCUCCCUUUACAAGAGUUUCCCACACCAAAGACGGAGCUGGUUCAGAAGUUUCAGGUCCUCUACCUGGGCAUGAUGCCCGUGGCCAGACCAAUAGGCAUGGACAUACUGAACGGAGCCAUUGACAGUCUGAUUGGCUCUUCCAACAGAGAAGACUGGACUCCUGUGGCCCUUAAUGUGGCAGAUGCCACUGUGACCAUCAGCAAAGACAAGGAUGAAGAGGAGGUGCUGGUGGAGUGCCGCGUUCGCUUCCUGUCUUUCAUGGGCGUCGGCCGUGACGUGCACUCGUUUGCCUUCAUCAUGGACGCUGGCGGCCAUCGCUUCGACUGCCACGUCUUCUGGUGUGAGCCCAAUGCCGGAAGCGUGUCCGAAGCCGUGCAGGCAGCUUGCAUGCUGCGGUAUCAGAAGUGUCUGGUGGCCCGGCCGCCGUCCCAGAAGGCCUGCGGCUCGUCGCCCCCCGGAGACUCCGUGUCCCGUCGGGUAUCGACCAGCGUGAAGCGAGGCGUCCUGUCUCUCAUCGACACCCUCAAACAGAAGAGACCCGUCACAGAGCUGCCGCAGUAGCGGCGGCGAGCCGGUACGGGCUUCCCAACACGGCUCUCGGUCACCACGGAAACAUCAUCGCUUCGCCGCCAAGACCCCCGUCUCCAUCACAGACUCCAGCAGCGGUAGAAAAAGCUACAGGCUUGGUGGAGUCUCCAGUGGCUUUUAUUUUUUAUUUUUUUAUUUUUUUUGGAAGCAAAUCUUAAGCGUUUCUCAGUCGAGUAGCUGUUUGAAAAAAAAUAAAUAAAAAAUAAACAAACAC